AGUGGAAGUCGCCCUGAUUGGUCCGGAUUCCCCGAGACUGUUUCCGCUGUGCUUGGCUGGCUCACACGGGCACCAUUUCUGCUGCUGGUGUUGAAAAAAAGACCCGCAGUAUCUGAAUUUAAGGGACACACACACUCAGUGACGCGGGUGACUAGACCGUGACGCGGUGUGAUAGGCAGGUCCAAAAUGUCUGAGCUUUUUAUGGAAUGUGUGGAAGAAGACCUGGAGCCAUGGCAGAAAGCAGCUCCAGGGCAAAUUAUUGAGGACGACGACGAGCCCAUUUUUGUUGGAGUGCUUCCAAAAACGGACCAGAUUAGUGAAUCUCUUGCCGCACCUCGUUCAAAGGACAAUGUAAAAAAGCAAGGUGUAAAUUCUGCUCCUGCUCCUCUUCGUCCUCCUCCUCGGCCUGUAUGUGCUCCUCAACCAGCCCUGAGCUCAUCUUUAAUGUUACCAUUGAAAAUAGCCGGAAAUGCCAUCACUAAUACUACAACUGCAGCCAAUCUCACUACACUGACUCCACGGCCUGUUAUUGUCAACAAUCAGGGCUUCAUUGUAACAUCCCCACAGUUAACCAACAACAGCAACCUCAUUGCCACUCUUGGGAAACAGUAUCCUCCUGGGACAAAAUUUACCAUCCUACCAGCUGGUCAGCAGCAGCAGAUACUCCAGCGAGUCACCCCAGUCAAGGCGAUACCCGGUGUUGUCCAUCGCCCUCAUGUGCAGCAAAUCACCAGCAACGUUGUGACGUUAGCUAAUGUUCAGAGCCCCGCCGUUUAUUCAGCCAAACCCAAGUUGCUGCAGGUCAGCCAGGCCCCCUCUCUGCAGACCAUCACCUUGCCUGUACAGACUGACAAUGUAAACAAAGAAAAGCUCACCGUGAAACGAGUGUUGCCACCUGAGCAGAUGGUCAACAUCAUAAAGAAAAUUAAAGUUGAUUUUGUCGGACAAGCAAACACGACCAACCCAGUGGAAAAUGGUGCGCCAAAGAAAAAAUGCCCAAAUUGUCAGGAAGAAUUCCUUCAGCAGGAGGCGCUAAAUAAUCAUAUGACUAAUUGCGGGGUCAGUGUGGAAAGUAGCGUUUCAACAGCCGAAAACACUGUUGCAAAAAAACUCAUCAUGCUGGUGUCAGAUUUCUACUACGGCCACGCUGAGGGAGAAGCUGUUGACGUUUGUCUGCCAAAAGGCAACAACACUUUCAGGUGUCAAAGCUGCAUGAAAGUUCUCAAGACCAAUAUCAGGUUCAUGAACCACAUGAAACACCACCUGGAGCUGGAGAAGCAGAACAAUGAGAGCUGGGAGAGCCACACAACUUGCCAGCAUUGCUAUCGCCAGUACCUGACUCCAUUCCAGCUCCAGUGCCACAUUGAGAGCGCUCACAGCCCCAUCGAAUCCUCCACCAACUGCAAGAUAUGCGAGCUCUCCUUCGAGUCUGAGCAAGUGUUGCUGGAGCACAUGAAAAACAACCACAAGCCCGGGGAGAUGCCUUAUGCCUGUCAGGUGUGCAAUUAUAGGUCCUCCUUUUUCUCAGAUGUGGAGACACAUUUCCGAACUGUCCAUGAAAACACAAAAGACCUGCUAUGUCCUUUUUGUCUUAAAGUUUUGAGAAGUAGUCACAUGUACAUGCAGCAUUUCAUGAAACAUCAGAAAAAAGGAAUCCAUCGCUGUGGAAAAUGUCGACUGAAUUUCCUCACCGCUAAGGAAAGACUGGAGCAUAGGAUUCAGGUCCAUAAGACUUUCAAAAAACCUAAACUCCUGGAGGGCCUUCCUGCAGGGACUAAGGUGACCAUUCGUGCUUCCCUCAGUGGCAAGACGCCUGCUUUGUCAAACUCCGUAGAUAAAGCUCUUUUGACCGUCACUCCCGAAACACAAAACGUCGGCGCACAAACCAAGCCGCCUCUCACCGUGCCCAAAUCUAAACCAAACGCCUCCGAAGUCAAAUUCAAUCAGAAAAAGAAGAAAAUGGAUGGCAAGUUCAACGUAUCACUGACCCACAUAAGUGCAAAGGGAGGGUCUUACACAUGCAUCGAGUGCAACUCCAGAGUGGAUGAUUUCUUUUCCCACUUCCCCUCAUCCUCCAAUUGUGGAGCGUGCACUUAUCGCACAAGUUGCAAAGUUGCCAUUGGAAAUCACAUGAUAAGAUAUCAUAGCACCAUCAACAAGAGCAGAUUUCACAAAAUGGAUCAGAAGAAACAUUCAUUUGCAUUAAAAUUAACGCUGGUGUGCCUCAACUGUGACCUCCUGGUGAGUGCAUCAGGCGGUGACCUGAUGUCCAAACAUUUAAAUGACCGACCAAAUCAUGUAUGCAAAGUUAUUGAAGAAAAAGAUAUCAAACCUGAUGAUGGAACGACGUUUUUUGUGCAAGCACAGCCAACCGCAGUCUUGGAAGCACCACCAAAUGAAACGCCCAUGAAUGAAGUGCAAAUUGAAAAGACUGAACCCUCUCCUAAUGCCAGCGUGGAACAACCAGAAUCUGUAGUGAUGUUACCAGCAGUGGAUAUGCCACCCUCUCAGACUGCCUCUUCACCAUCCUUUACGUCUGAUGGCGUUCAAGAUGAUAAGUCACUUCUGGAUGCAAGCAUCUCCGUGGACAGCCACCCCACCCCAACACUCAACAUAGACUAAGCAGGAAACAGCAGAAAGAACAAUACAAAUCGCAAAGAAACUCUUUUUAUAUAUCCAAAACCUUCCCCAUCAGUCACGAUCAGAAAAUGCCUGUUAUUUGUCAAUGACAGUAAAUCACUGCAACGAUCUCAAAACUCCCCACCACAAACACGGUAUGUAGAUAUUCUGUGAUAGUGGAUGCCACAUCUGUUAACCCAUUAUCUGUACUUUUUGUGCAGAACAUGUCAGUUUUGACUACAUGUAAACAUUUGUGUGUUUAUCAUAUUACUUUAAGUACUGUACCAAGAUUGGCUCAAUGUAAUAUUCUACUUCAGUUGUUAUGCAUUUUGAUGGCAUUCUUUUGUCAGACCAUCUACUUUUUAAAAUGUAUACAUACUAGAGGUGUCUUUUAAACUGGCCAAGAGGGUGUAAUAUUGUUCCAUUUGUCUUUUUUAGGUGAAAAUCUCAACUUUUUAGACAUUAUGUUCAAUAAAGUGGAUUUAUCCAAGGAUGAUUUUAUCAACAUAUUUGAACAAUAAUUAAAAUAAGCAGUCCCAAAAGUUGCUUUUUUUGGUAUG